UAUAAAUAAUCGAAAGCCCCACUACAAUAAUUAUACUGCAAAUUCUGAUGCUGACUGUAUUUAGUUUUCUCAAAAAAAAAAUCUCAAGCCAGGCGGUCAGAAAGUGUUCGAUGGUGAAAGAUGGAGGACCUCACGUUCCCAUACGAGGUGAAGAGUGUUGAUGACGAGCUUGCUAAGGAGUUAAUGGAACAUUAUACUGGUGAGAAGACCGGAUUUGUUCGCGUCGGUCCGAAAGGAUAUUUCUUUCCACAGAAGUAUCGAGAACAGGCGAGCGACAUCUACAAUUUGACAAUACGAAACGAUGACAUCUUCGUUGUUACAUAUCCUCGAUCAGGUACAACAUGGACCCAAGAAUUGGUGUGGCUGUUGCAGAAUAACUUGGACUUUGAAACUGCAAAAAAUAUCACACUAUCUACCAGAUUUCCAUUUCUUGAAUACUCAAUACUCAUCCACCCUGAAACGCUGAGGACUAUGCAGGAACAAAACAGAGAUAGCCCAGAGAAUCAGGAGAUCAUAGACGCGCUGAACUUUCCAAGUGCAGCUAGAUUCUCAUCGACUCCAUCGCCUCGGUUUAUGAAGACGCACCUGCCUCUAUCUCUGUUACCACCAUCAUUGCUUGAUAAAGGUAAAGUUAUAUACGUGGCGAGGGACCCCAGAGACGCAGCGGUGUCACAUUAUCAUCUCUGCAAGUUGUUCCCUAUAUGCGGAGCACCUGAUGACUUCAAAACAUAUUGGAAUUACUUCCUUAGGGGCUUACAUAAUUAUGCCCCAAUUUUGGAGCACACCAAAGAAGCCUGGGCCCAGAGAGGACAUCCGAACCUAUUGUUUUUAUUUUAUGAAGAGCUAUCUCAAGAUUUGCCAUCAGCUAUCAGAAAAGUAGCAAAAUUUCUAGGCAAAACUCUUACGGAAGACCAAGUCAAAAUUCUGUGUGAACAUCUUAAUUUCAACAAUUUUAAAAACAACGCGGCGGUCACCGAUGGCGCUCUGGGUAAAAUUAAUUUCGUCAAAAAAGGGGAGGCCCCAUUUAUAAGAAGAGGAAAAGUUGGAGGCUGGCGCCAAUACUUUGACGAUGAGAUGAUGGAGCAGGCUGACCGUUGGAUUACCGACAAUCUGUCCAACACCGAUCUUCGCUACCCAUCCUGGGAACUUCCCAACGUACCAGCACCCAAUAUUCAAAAGCUAGAUGAGACACCUGCGCAUAUUGACUACAUACGCCCUCUACAAGGACGUAGUUAACGCUUGAUAAAAAUACCAUUAAUGUUCUAAAAAUGUCGUAUUACCUAUACAAUUCCGAGAAGUACAAACACGGAUAGAAUAAUAAUAAAACAUGUGCAUGGUUUUAAUCAAAACGCAGUCUCGAUAUUUACCUUCAUGCUUUUUUAAUGCACAUCGUACAGUGGCUCGCACCAACUCACCUAUACCGAGGUCUCUCUCACCGCUCUUCACGAAGCCAACCCUACCUAUGAUAUAUUUGCGGAUGGAUGGCAGACGAUUUUAACAGGCGUUUUUCGCGUUCGACUCCUGCAUCGUUCAUAAAGUUUUGUUGUUUUUCAAAUUUUAUUUGUGUAUUUAUCCUAGAAGUGAGGGUUAUCACUUUAAAAACAUAACCAAUUGUUUUCUAUUACUUAUGUAAUACGAGUAUGUUUAGUUUGUUUGUAAUUCAUUACUUAUUUUAAUAUUGUUUUAUUAAAGUAUAAAAUAAAUAAAUGAAUAUAUAAUUGUUAUACUUUGAACUUAACAUGUUUUUGAACUCGCCAAUGAUGUUUAAUCUUCAAUAAAUGUUGUGAUUUCAAGAUAUAUUCUUUAGAAUCUACGUUAUAAAUAGCAACAGAAAUUUAAAAAAAAAUGUAAAAAAUAAAAACCUCUAUUCGAUUUACCCUAUUGAUUGAAUCAUCAUCAGAAUCCUUGAAGAAGAGGAGGAGGAUGAUGAACAAUUAUAGCUUUAUAAUGAUAGCUUAAACCAGUUUAUCCCAUUUCCAAAAGCAGAAAUAACGAAGGAUUUCAUAAUAUUUUUAUUGAGGGUCGCUUGAAAAUCUGAUGUAAGUAGUUAAUCCAGUGAAAUAUUUUUCACUGAAAAUAAGUUAAAACUUAGUAAAAUCAUUUAAUUAUUGUAAAUUUAAUUAAUAUGUAAUUUACUUUGACUCCUUAUUGACAUAAACUUUAAUAUUAUUAUC